UCUCUAAUUGAAAAUAUAUUUGGAAGAAUGUACAGAAAGGUUAUUUUUUUAUUUAAUUUACUGGAGUUUCAGAGGCUCCUCUGGUCAGGAUAUUGUUUCUCUCCUUUUGCUUUUAGUUGGGGGUACUGAUUGCAUCUGCUUUUUUUGGUACUACUCUUCAGGAUCACUACUCUGAAACCAUCAAUUGGUAUUUGAUUGUGUCUUUUAGCACACCCUUUCUAUGAUUGGCUUAGAAUGCAAGUGAAACCAAAGCUUUGUCUUUUUAAAAAUAUUUUUUUGAGACAACUUUUGUCCGUUGCUUUCAUUACCUUCACAACUACUUGAUUCCUAUGUAACUUGGACCUUUAGAUCUGCAAGGAGCGUAGCUGAAUCUUGACUUCUCUAUCAAGAUUUGCGAUUUUAACGUCUUCUCUCUGUAAAAGUUUAAUGAACAGUGAUAGCUCUUCCAUCAUUUUUGAAGGAGUGUCUGAAGUUUUGGCCUUGUCUGAUGGUUAUAUAGAUUUGUUGAUUCCUACAAAAGCAGCAACUAUGGCAUCGCAGUGUUCUGAAAACGUUAUUCCUACUCUACGUGAUUUCUUCAACUCCCAAAAGCCAGGGGAAGAGGAUGAGUUUAUGGUUCAUCAGGUCCUCAACUCCUCUUCCAAGAACAUUCCACCGAGACCUACAAAACUAGGAAACAAGGCAAAAGAGAGACACGGUCUCUUCAAUCAGGGAAGAAUAAGAAGCAGAAGAAACAUAUCAGAUGCUGAAAAGUUCUCUGUGGAGCAAUACUCUUCUAGUGGUUUCUUUGGGGUACGGUUCAACACAAACGGAAGACAACAACAGCAACAACGAUCAGCUAAGCCUUUAGGGUCAGAUAGAAACAUGGAACCGAGAUUGCAGAAGUCAUUCUCCGCUAGAAUGCAACUCCCCUUUAUGCUAUCUUCAAAGCCAAGCAACCAGUCUACGAAUAAUUCAAGCUGGUUUAGCCGUAUCAAGAAAAUGUCUAAUCCAUUUUCAAAUCGAAACUCUCUGAUACCAAAGUCAGGAGAAAUCAAGGUCAGUGGAGUAGGAGAAACACUCUCAAGAAACAAGUCUUCUUCACCUGUUCAUCUACAUGCCCAUCUCAGUAUCCAACAUGAACUUGGGAUGCCUGUUUUCACCUUCUCUCUAGACCACCCGGAUGAUGUGUAUACGGCCAGGACGUGGAUGGAUGUUAACGACUCUCGGUUCGUCUAUUCGUUUCGUUACAUUGGUGGUAGAAGCAACAAGAACCUCGGAGAACAGAGGUCGAACGUUUCAGGUAUAGACUCUUCACUUAUAGGACAGAUGCAAGUUUCAACUCAAGUCUCCUUAGAGGUAGAAGAAGAACCAUACGAAGAUCCUGUGGAAUCAGCCGUGUCAGAGUUCGUUCUUUUUGACAUCGCACGUGCAAGGAGAAGUGGACUCAAGAGUGAACAACUGUCAAGACAGAACAGUGUAUCUGAUGGCUCAAAGCAUCUGCAAAGGCAGAACAGUUUCAGCAGAGGGUUGACUCGUAGUUUCUCAAAACAUUCAGAGAACAGUGCAACAUCAUCUGAUCCUUUGCCGGCCACGGAUUUACAUCCAGGACUAGAGAUUGCAGCAGUUGUUAUUCGAGACUCUUCUUCUAGCAAUAAUGAAAGUCUUGAGUGCAUGAAGAACAGUAAACUCUCUAGACGAGAGAUGAAGGUUAUAGUUCCAUCAGGAAACCACGGUUUGCCUGAUGCUGAAAACUCAUGCCCUACACCGAUACUGCAGAGAUGGAGAUCAGGUGGUGGAUGUGAUUGUAGCGGAUGGGACAUGGGUUGUCACCUUUUUGUCUUAGAAGAACAACAACUCAUCAACAAUCACCACUGUUUAGAACUUUUCAUUGAGGGAGAGAAGGAGAGCACACCAGCAAUGACAAUGGCAUUCAUGAGAGAAGGUCAUUACGAGGUAAACUUCCAUGCAAGGCUCUCAGCUUUACAAGCAUUCUCAGUAUGUGUGGCUGAGCUGCACAGAACAGAAGUAUCAAGAGGAGAAAGAAGCGACUCUUUGUCUAGAUGCAGUUCGCUUAGAGAGCUUAUUGACAUGGCAACUCCGGUAAACAGAGAUAUCAACGAAGAAGUCAUUUCGUCUUUCAUGCCUAAUGUCACUUUCUCUCCAAUUUCAAGGGUCUAAAAAAAACAUAUCAGAACGUAAUAUCUCCGUAAUAUCUCCGUAGUCCUUCCUUUAUGUGCAUAUAUAGCUACACUCGACAUAUAAUAAAGUUAUAAAGCCAGAGUCUGUGAUACAAGUGCAGAUGAAAUUAGUUAAAGUUUAGAACUUUGGCAGCACAAAUGUUUGUACUUACUUUGUCCUCUAUGACUCAAAGAAGUCGGUUUGUUUCAAAUUUUAUACUCUCACUUGCCACCCGUUUCAUAAUAUGUAUCGUUUUCGAAUCUGUUGUUUUUCUAUCCUCUAUAGUCAUAAAAAAGAAAGUAGUCGUUUACCUAAAUUUAAAAGGAAAUUAGUCCAUGUCAGUUCAGCUUAUAGAGUAAUUGUUAUACAUACUUGCUUUGGAAACAAAUCUGUAAUAAAAUUUUAGUACUUC